AUGACGUUACAGCUCCGAACCAAAGCCCGGCUCUUCGACCUGCACUGUUCCGUGGCUCUGACCGACUGGGACAUGGACCAGGAGCUGAAGCUGGCGACUACGUCCGACCAGUUUUACCACGAUGACAAACUGAACGAUCAGUACGUCGUCCAGAGACCUUCAGCAAGAGCCUCGAGGAGGAAAGAUGAGUUCAUUUGGUACGACAAAACAUCAGACACCUUUGUGAAACCGAACCUGUGGCUGCUGGUGAAUCCCAACAUCGCCUGUCCGAUCCAGUACCGAGAAGCUUCGGGCGAUCUGUGUGAAGCCGACGAGGGAACAAAAGCAGAGACUCGACGUCCACCUGCAGCUGACCUCCACGUGUUUGCUGCCAACGAUGCAUCUCUGCAGGAGGAGCUGCUGCAAACCGUUUCCUCCAGCGCUGAGUUCAUGGACAGUAAGACGCUGAAGCCUGGAUGCUGGCCCCGUCCUCCGGUGAACUACUCCAUCCUCAUCGCCUUGGCGAUUUUGAAGAGGAUCCUCUCUGGACCCUUUCUCCUCUUGGUCCUCAGCAGCACUGUGGCUGGCCUGGGAUCUGUGGUGUCGAGAAACUACUGGCACAGCAGAACACUUUACACCUGGAAAGAAGCCCAAAACUACUGCAGGCGUCACCGGACUGACUUGGCCACCAUCUACACUAACUCAGAUAGAGACCGGUUAGACAUGGAUUCCUAUAAUGCUUGGAUCGGUCUGUACAGAAAACCAGUUUCGAAGAAGAAGAAAAAGGACGAUUAUGAGUACACGUUUAUACCUCAGUCAAAGACAUGGUCUGAAGGUCAGCAGUACUGCCAGACAGAGUACAAUGAUCUGGCGCGUGUCACCUACUCCACCUCUGGCUCGGCUGUCAAUGAGGAGAGGGACUUUCCGGUGUGGACAGGUCUACGUUUUCUGGCCGGUCAUUGGCUGUGGGUGAACGGGGCAGACAUGAAGCUCUCUGACUUGCCCCUCUGCCCCGUCAACUGGCAGUACUGUGGAUCCUUAUCCAAGAACAACACCGGUGGUCCUCUGGCCAGAGACUGCACAGAGACAAAGAACUUCCUGUGUUACAGCUGGACAGCUUGA